AUGGAGCAGCUGGCAAUUGAAUGGGUCAACCGCUGUGAAUACAGGCAUCCAAAUCGCACUGGACAGAACCUCGCGACUGCCGGUGGUUUCACGCCGAAUCUGACACAAAUGGCUGAAGGCUGGUACAGUGAAUUUAGGGACUACAACUAUACCAACAAGUCCUGCUCUAACGUUUGCGGUCACUACACUCAAAUGGUGUGGGCGACGACAGUUGGCCUUGGAUGUGCAAUGAAGCAAUGCGACGAUAUUAGACCUGGCUGGCCCAAGCCUAUUUACCUCAUGGGAUGUCAUUACGAACCUGUGUGA